GGCAAUACCGUCCAGAAACAAUAAUGCCCUAAAACCCUUCCUGUCCCCUUCCCCCCUUCGAUUUUCCUCCCUUCGAAGCUCGGUCGGUGCGUUCAGGCUCGGAAAUCUCCUUCCCGACCGCCAAUCUCGAUCCAUUAGUCGUUCAGGCUCCUCCUUGCCCAUUCUCUCAUUCAGUCUUUCGGCGUCUUCUUCGGCCAUGUUGGUGUCUAGGGUUUUUUCCCGCGCUUGGAGGGGCGCGGGUCGAAGCGCCCUGCUCGUUUCGCCUUCCCUGAACAAACCCUUGCCCGUUCUUUCCAAUCAAUUCGAUGCGCUUUUGCACGAGACUUCAUGUAAGGCUCUCGUGUUAAAUCAUUCAACAUUUAGUUCUUCGUUGCUUCGACGGUUUGGAAUUUCUUCCUCUGCGUCACCUGAACCUAAUGAAAAGGGUCAGGGGAGCACUGUGGAAAAGAAUGGCGCGUCCACUGAUGCACCUGAAGCAGGUGAGCAUGCUAAAGGAUCUAAUCAAGGGGAGGGUACCGCUUCUGGGGAAACUAAAGUGGCCGACCAGGCGGAAAAUUCAGGUUCAGAAGGAGAUGAGGAGCUCUCUAUGGAUGACUUGGUGAAACUUGUGUCAGAAAAGGAAGAACUGUUGAAGUUGAAACAUAAACAGAUAGAGGAAAUGCAAGAUAAAGUUCUUCGAACCUAUGCUGAAAUGGAGAACGUCAUGGACAGAACUAGGCGAGAAGCAGAGAAUGCAAAGAAAUUUGCCAUACAGAGUUUUGCAAAAAGCUUGCUGGAUGUUGGAGACAAUUUGGCUAGAGCUUCUUCAGUUGUCAAGGAAAGUUUCGCAAAAAUUGAUGCUUCAAAAGAUACUACCGGAGCUGUUCCACUUUUGAAAACCCUUCUGGAUGGUGUUGAAAUGACUGAGAAGCAGCUUUUGGAGGUGUUCAAAAAAUUUGGGAUUGAGAAAUAUGAUCCUGUCAAUGAACCAUUUGAUCCACACAGGCACAAUGCAGUAUUUCAAAUGCAAGAUGGUUCUAAACCUCCAGGCACAGUUGCUGUUGUUCUGAAGUCGGGGUACAUGCUAUAUGAGCGAGUUCUUCGUCCUGCGGAGGUUGGCGUGACCCAAGCAGUGGAGAACGGCACCCCAGAAGAAUAAUGCAAACUGAGGAAGUCUCUCGAGCAUAAAGAGGUGGCUGGGUCGUGGAAUCCAAAGGCCGACUCCAAGUGCAGUGGCUGUGAACUUGGGUCUUCAUCUUAAAGAGGUCUUGUUCGGUUUGAAAAUUUUGCAUCCGGUAGAGGGGAGGGAAAAAAAAGUGCAGCAGUUUUCGCACUGGCUGUCGAUAAGAUUUAUCUGAGAAACUACGAAAGGGCAUUGGUUUUCUUUACCUUAAGUCCUGAUUAGUGAUUAAUAAUUAUGUAUCCCGAACUUGUACAUGUGUACAUCGUAUGGCAGGGCUAGCUUUGAACUGAAUUUGAGGAGUUUUCAGUGCAAGAAUCUCCACUCCACUUCGGGGUCGAGGUCCUGUAAGAUAAAAAUCGCCGCAGCUGCUGAAGUAAACUUAUAGCUGCAGCUACGGAAAGAUUUAAGACGAGGUUAUCUAGAACGGGUGAUUUUGAUCCUCUAAUUGUAUUAGGGGCUAAGAAAAGGUUCGUGGGUGUUUUUAAUCUGACUGAGCCUGUACUUGCAAA